AUGCGGUUCGACAUUGAUCCCGAUAUCGUCCCCAACUUGAAACUGGGUCUUCACUCUUUCCAGAUCAUUCUGUCUCUGGUCGCAUGGUGUUUGCAGAUCGGUGUGUUUAACGCAAAGGAUGCGGAGGUCACUGGAAAGAAUGGCUGGACAUUUGGAGUGUGUUUCCUUUCGGUGCCAGCUUGGAUCUUCCUAAUCAUGACCCCCCGAUGGGGCCGCACACGACGAUUUGCCCAACCUCAUGCCAUGCUUGCUGUUGAUGCUGCUUUCACCGUUAUCUGGCUGUCUGCCUUUGCCACUCAGGCUUCUUACAACGCCGCUGGCCAGUGCGGUACCGCCUGCAGCAUCAGCAAGGGUGUUGUUGGCUGCGGUGUCAUCGUAACCCUCCUCUUUGGUGGUUCAACCUUUGUCUCCCUCUUCACUCUCAACUACUACAACAACCACAACACCCUACCUGGCUACGAUAACCGCCAGAUGGGUAGCGACAACAUCGAUCCCGACAAGGCUGCUUUCUCCAUGGCUCCUCACGGCGACGAGGCUUACGAGCGAGUUGACAUGGACGACCACGAGCCCUCAGGUAGCGCCUACGGCGGUGGCUACAACCAGAGCAGCUACGGCGGUCACUCUCGCUACGGCGAUGCCAACCCCUAUAGCGCUGAUGACGAUGAUCCUGACCGCUUCGGCGCUCUUCCCCCACGAAACAACACCAUGUUCGAUAACGAUACCGAGUACCACGGCGGUGCUCCUCCAUCUAUGCCUGCCAACUACGCCAAUCCCACAGGCGGUGCCCCUUAUGAGGAUGUUCCAGUCGCCCAAUUCCCUGCUGCCAACUACAACAGGGGGCACUAA